AUGUCGUUGGAAUUGGAAUCGAUGGUUCCUCCUUCUGCUAGGCUUUUUGGGAGAUCGAGAGGAUUCUGCUCUUCUUCAUCUUCUUCAUAUGCUUCGUCGUUUACUUCAUCACCAUCGCCAACCUCAACCGAAGAGAAACCAGGAGAAAAAUCAAACACAAAUACAAACCUUCCUUUUGCGAACAAAACGAUAUUGGUAACCGGUGCGACCCGCGGGAUUGGCAAAGCGAUCGCGCAAAAGUUUGGAGAGUUGGGGGGAAGGUUGGUAUUGGUGGGAAGAAAUCGGGAGGGCUUGGAGGGGGUGGGGAGGGAGCUGAUGAAGGGAAGAGGGGGGAAGGGAGAGGGAGGAGGAGAAGGGGAUUGGAUGGUUGUUUGUGGAGAUGUGGGGAAGAGGGAGUUUUGGGAGGGGGAAUUUGGAAGGGGAAAAAAGAGAGUGGGUGAGGAAAAAGGGAACCCCAACCCCAAACCCAAAAUCGACAGCCUCGUCAACGCCGCCGGUCUAACCCACGCCUCCCCCCUCAUAACCACCUCCCCUUCCCUCAUCGAAAACAUCCUCCAAACAAAUUUAAUGGGUACAAUCUGGGGAUGUAAAAUCAUCGGAAAAGAGAUGUUGAGACGGAGAGAGGGUUGUAUUAUAAACGUCUCCUCGCUCCUCGGUAUCAAAGCGGAAGAGGUAGUGCCGCGUAUGCAGCUAGUAAAGCGGGGGGUUCUUGGUCUCACUCGCGCCCUAGCCGCCGAAAUGGGUUCUGCAGGAAUCCGAGUCAACGCCAUUGUACCCGGCUAUAUCGAGACGGAUAUGACGAGGGCAAUGUCAGAUCCCGCCCGCUCAGAAGCAUUAAACUCCAUUCCUCUAUCACGUUUUGGAGAUGUAGCCGAAAUAGCCGAUGCCGCUGUCUUUUUAGCGACCAAUAAGUACGCAAACAAUUGUGUGCUUAAUAUUGAUGGAGGAUUGAGCGCCGUAUGA